GUGCAACUAGUGGUAUCUUUUUGGUGGCAGUCUUGUCAUUCCUUAUUUUCCUUCGCAAAGAGAAAAGGAAAAUGAGAGAGUUUUAUGAGAAGAACGGUGGGCGUACAUUGGAGAAGGCAAAAUUCAUAAAACUAUUUGAAAAGGAGAAGCUCAAGCCAAUUUUGAAGAGUAGCAAUUUUAUUGGAAAAGGUGGCUUCGGUGAAGUUUACAAGGGCCUUCUUGAUAAUGAACAAGUCGCUGUUAAGAAACCUAUUACUGGUAGUGUGCUAGAGAAUGAACAAUUUGCAAAUGAAGUCAUCAUUCAAUCUCAAAUCAUCCACAAGAACAUCGUUAGGCUUGUGGGUUGUUGCCUAGAAGUUGAUGCCCCGAUUCUAGUCUAUGAGUUUCUCUGCAAUGGUAGCCUCGAUGACAUUCUUCACGACAACAGGAAGGUGCCUCUGAACUUGGGUGUGCGUUUAAGUAUUGCCGCAGAAUCAGCUGAUGGUCUGGUUUAUAUGCACUCAAAAACCAGUACCAAGAUCCUGCAUGGUGAUGUUAAACCUGCAAAUAUACUUUUGGAUGAUAAGUAUGUGCCAAAGAUCUCGGAUUUUGGCAUAUCAAGGUUGAUUGCGAGAGACAUACAACAUACUGCAUCUAUCAUUGGUGACAUGAGUUAUAUGGAUCCAGUAUAUCUGCAAACAGGGCUACUAACAGAAAAAAGUGAUGUCUACAGUUUUGGAGUUGUCAUCUUGGAGCUUAUUAGUAGGAAGAAAGCCACACAUUCCGACGGCGGUAGCUUAGUAAACAAUUUCCUUGAAGCUUACAAGAAAGAGAAGAAAGCAACUCCAUUAUUUGACAAGGAAAUUGCGGUAACAGAAGAUUUGGAGAUUAUUGAUAGUUUGGCAUGUAUCGCGGUGGAAUGUCUUAACCUUGAUGUGGAUCAAAGACCAUGGAUGACAGACGUGGCAGAGCGUCUUCUCAUAAUGGAUCGAUCCCGUAAGGCAUAAUUUGCAUUGUAUGUUCCAGUUUGAACAACAUCCGUAUAUGUAUGGGGCCCAAAAUAAUAAGCGACUAUGGAUGGGGCAA